GAUUGCACCAAGUCGUUGUCUACUACGGGAGCAAAUCGGGCAAUGAAUUACUAGCUGGUAGCUAGAACACCGAAGUAGCUAGAUAGGCAGCAAAUUAUCGAAUAUAAACCAGGGAGGAGAUUCAGGAGUUAACACCAAGAAAGAGCUCUCGAUAAACUGGUGAAAUAAAUGCCUUUACGCUGAAAAAUGGGUGGAGAUGUGUGUAAAUAGAAGCUAGUAACUUAGCAGGCUGUCAGCGCAAUUUUCAAAGCCAGAUAGUUUUUUUGUUGAUAUCAUUAGCUAAUUGGUUAGCAAUAACAUUAACUAGAAAUGUAUAAAUCGCUUAACCGUGUCAUCUCAUUGUGUUGAUAGCUAGUUAACUAUUUAACUAGCUUGCUAUUAUGACAGUCGAAACAUUGGUAACUAGUUGCGCUUGGAAAUCGAACGAGCAGGCUCUUCAAGAGGAUAGCUUUAGUUAGCCUAAGUUGGCUACGGUCAUUCAAUUAUCCAAAGCUGAUAGUAAACAACGCGUUAUUGUGAAUAGGUAUUGAUUGCAAACCAGUCGACACUUGGCUAACAUCACCGGGAAAUGAAGAAGUUCUUCGAUUCACGCCGGGAACUUGUGAGUUCCGGGCCUGGUUCUGGAGCGGGUGGAGGAGGCACUGGGUCCGGCAGCAGCGGUGGCAGUUUCAUUGGACGGGUAUUCACCAUUGGACGGUAUCAAGUGACCGUUGAUGAAACUGUUGCUGAAGGAGGCUUUGCCAUUGUGUUCCUGGUGCGGACCCACCAGGGGGUCCGCUGUGCCCUGAAGAGAAUGUACGUCAACAGCGAGCAUGACCUGCAUAUCUGCAAGCUAGAGAUCCAGAUCAUGAGGGACCUUGUGGGCCACAGGAACAUUGUGGGUUUCCUGGACUCCAGUAUAACUGCAGUGGGAGCAGGAGAUGUCUGGGAGGUCCURAUCCUCAUGGAUUUCUGUCGUGGUGGUCAGGUGGUGAACCUGAUGAACCAGCGUCUGCAAACAGGCUUCACUGAGGCAGAGGUGCUGCAGAUCUUCUGUGACACCUGCGAGGCUGUGGCCCGCCUCCACCAGUGCAAGAUGCCAAUCAUCCAUCGAGAUCUCAAGGUGGAGAAUAUCCUGCUCCAUGACKGGGGACACUACGUGCUGUGUGACUUUGGUAGCGCCACCAACCGCUUCCAGGACCCUCAGACAGAGGGCAUUCCACUGGUGGAGGAGGAAAUCAAGAAGUACACUACUCUGUCAUACCGAGCCCCAGAGAUGAUCAACCUUUACAAUGGCAUGGUCAUCACUACAAAGGCAGACAUCUGGGCUAUGGGCUGCCUACUGUAUAAACUGUGCUACUUCACCCUGCCAUUUGGGGAGAGCCAGGUGGCCAUCUGUGACGGCAGCUUCACUAUACCAGACAACUCCCGCUAUUCCCCGGACAUGCACUGCCUCAUCAGAUACAUGCUGGAGCCUGACCCAGAGAAGAGACCAGAUAUCUACCAAGUGUCCUACUUCUCCUUCAGGCUGGCCCGUAUCGAAUGCCCCAUCCAGAACAUACAUAACUCUCCRAUUCCUACAAAACUCCCUGAACCAAUCAGAGCCAGCGAAGCUGUYGCCAAAAAGAGUCAAUCCAAAGCCAGGCUCUCAGACCCUGUCCCCACAAUGGAGACGUCCAUCGCGCCCCGUUCACGCCCCAAAGCUGGAGGGGCACAGUCCAUAGGCAUCCUGCCCAUCCAGCCGGCCCUCACCCCACGCAAGAGACCCAACAUGGCUGCAGGAGGGCCCCAGCCCAUAGGUGUUUUAGGCACCGCCCAGCCUGCAGUUGCUGUCCAAUUAGUCCAGCAGGCCACACCCCCACUGGCUCAGACCGCCCCUUCGCAGCCCAUGGCCACGCCCCAGCAUCAGCAGGGUCUCUUCAUGAAGCAGCAGGCUGCAGCCUUCUUCAGCCCACAGCAGCAGACCAACCAGACCCUUUCUCUCGCUCUCUUCCUCCAGCAUUCUGUGCUGUGUUUUGGGGGUUCCCAUAUCAGCAAGUCAAACCAGCUACUUGCAGGCGGCUGCAGCGAGGCCAGCCUCAACAAGUCCAAGUCAGCCAGCACCACCCCCUCUGGCUCCCCCUGCUCCUCCCAGCAGAGUGUGUACCAGCCAGGGGAGGGRGGUGCCCAGACAGCCCCCUCUGUACCCACUGGCAGCUGGAACCCUUUUGGUGAUGACAACUUCUCCAAGCUCUCUGCAGAGGAGCUGCUCAACAAGGACUUUGCCAAGCUGGCRGAGACUACAACAGGGGAGAGGGCCGGCCUCUCCACAGAGAACCUCAUCUCAGGGCUGCAGCCUGUCUCUGCUGCUGGGGCCACAUGCAAGGCUUUCCCAGCUGAGAGAACUGCUGACAUCCUGGGUUUGGAUGCAGGCUCAGCGAUGUUGAGUGUCCCGGACCCCUUUAACGCCCUCUCCCUCUCUGACACCACAGAGAAGCUGAUUGAGGGACUGAAGUCCCCUGAGACAUCUUUGCUGCUCCCUGACCUUUUACCCCUGGCUGACCCCUUCAGCAGCUCUGCAGAGGGCAACAGCAAUGCAGUGAAGGCUGAGAUGUGUGUGGACUCUCUCAUCCCGGGCCUGGAUACAGUCUCAGCCAGCCUGCCAGAUCCUCUGGCUGGAGAGGARUCUCUGCUGGGCUGCUCUCUGCUGUCUCACACCUCCACCCCUGGGGAUCAAACUGUCUGUGCACCACCCUCCUCCUGCUCCUCUGCCCCUCCUGGCUCUGCUUCCUGUCUGGACAAGCUAGCUCCAGUCUCAUUUGGCACUGCCCAGACAUCUGCUGACUCUGCUUACCUCAUGUUGGGCUUCCAGCCGCCCGAGGCUGGGGAGAAGGGCACUGAGGACGAGUUUGACCCCAUCCCUGUGCUCAUCUCCAAACACUCCAACAACCAAGAGCUGAAAGGGGAGAGUAAAAGCCACGCUGUGCUAGACAAGGGGAGGUCAAAGAUUGAGCUGCCUGAAGAAGGCCACAGAGCAGACAAGGGCUGUGUCCACUCCAGCGAUGAGGAAUUUGAGGAGGAAGACAAGAGAAAGGAGGUGCAAUGCAGGAGGGCCAGUGAGAGUGAUGAGGUGGUCCAUGACUGCAGUGGUUCCAGACCUUUGCUGCUGGAUUCAGAUGAAGAGGAGGAGCAGGGGUCUGAAUUAACCCUCCCACCCUCCCAGCCACGCCUAUCACACCCACAACUCUCCACUCCCUCCAACCAACCUACCCCAGGCCCACAUGUCCCAUGCCAGAAUAAUUCCCACCAGAUGCCCCAGAAAGCCAGGGGGGGUGAGGUUGUCCCUGAUGUCUUCUCCAAAGCCCCCUUCAGGGUUGGACAGGAAGAGGCAGGCGAUGUGUUCGCAAAUGCCCCGUUCCCACGUCCCCUUGUUGUGACUCAACAGCAUCCAGAUGUCUUCCUGCAGGCCCCCUUUGUGAAGCCCAAGACCCUGCACCCUCACCCAGCUGUGCUUUACCCUGUGGCCCCUGAACCAGCCCUCUUGAGCCAGGUGGCCCCGCAGCCUUUCCGCCCACAGGCCCUGGCCAAGUACUCCCGKCACUUUCAAGGCCCAUUGCCUCAGCAGCCUGUGACAGCUCAGAGGGUGUUGUCCAGCGUGAGCAGGCAGACUGCUGUGAGCUCAGUACCCGUGGMACCCUUACACUCCUGGACUUCAGAGGUGAGUGCAGUAGACCCCUUUGUCUCUGCGCCCUUUCACCUCAAGGCCCCGCAAGAAAAGCCCUGAAAGCUCCCAUCCUUCCCUACAAAGCAGGGGAGCCAGCAUUGGAGGCCACACCUGUGCACACUACACUAAAGCAUACACACUGCAUGCUGUCACCAGCACCGGGGCUGGACUACAGGGUGGCAUAGAACUCUUAAGAUCUUAUCCUUUACAAACUCGGAAAGGUCUUGAAAUUGCGCAAGGUCAUCAAUGCACUUUUUUGCUGCAGUAGAAUAGAGGUUCCAGUCAGUCCCAGUUAUCCCUGUGCUGGUAGCUGUCAUAUCCUUUGGUAUGCACAGAGGAUAUGGCAGUUGUUGUUUUUUUCUGCCUACCUCAGUUUGUCCUCAGCUUUUCCAUCGGAGCGAAAACAUUGCUCAAUUUAGAGAGCUUCUUGUCGGGGGCCAGUGUUGGAGGUUUAGAUACAGACAGGACACACACAUCCCCCGUUCUAGGUUUUACCGCUUAAUGAAAUUUGACCCUCUGCUCCUUCACUCAGUUCAUUAUCCAUUGCUCUGUAAGGUCCAAUAAGUAUUCCCAUGACAGCCCUGAUCUCUCAGGGUGAUGAUGUCACUACUCAUCCAGGGGUUAUCCUCUCACAGGGGCCCAAGAAAGGCCUCCUGUAUUGGUUCCUCUACAUGUCUUAUAUACUUCUGUUGUUUUGGAAGUUAUCUGAUGACCAUUUUAGCCUAUUUAGUGGUGUAUACUUUUUACGAGGUAGGUUAAUGUACAUCUGGCGGUGCUGUCAUAUUUUAUCAUUUAUAAUAUUAAUCCGAUGCUGGAUUAUGUUGCACAUGUCAAUCUAUAAUGCAUUAUGAGUUGACAAUUUAGCCUUUGUUUUGAUCCAAUCCUUCUUAUUCACUUGUGUUUAUGGUCACCUGACUCACAGUGCUGCUAAAGUCAGCCUACGGCAUCUGUCACUUACUGCACAUGCAGGGCAUAUAGUACAGAGCGUACCUUACUGAGGUCAAAGGUCAGAGUUUCACCUUAAACCUGUCAUCACUUGUGGGUGCCUCUGCUGUAUGUAAUUUGAUGUUAGUUGACUUUAAUUUUGAACUGAGCAGGUUGUUAAUGUUGUAGCAGAGACGCCUUAUAGAAGUCCUCAAAUCUCACGACCAGCACUGUUGGCAAAGUCCCAGUCAGCACCUCCACUACACUCCGUCAGCAUCUACUGUUAAUGCUAUGUAACUCUAUGCACUCACAUUCCACACCUGCUCAUUCAAUAAUUUUCUUAAAUAGCAAGCCUACAUUCUACCUGCACUCGAUUCAAUAAGAUUUGGAGACCUUUACAAUCAGCAACCAAUUCUACCUUUACAAAUCAGCACCCCCUGUCAGAACAUAUCAGAAUAACUAAAACCCUUGUGAAGCACCUCAAGCAAAACACACAACUUUCACCUGUGGCAAGUCAGACACACACUUACCUACACAUGCUCAAAAGACACAAUUCCAAGUAAAGGGUCAACACAUGGCUUCAUCAUAAACCCAUAAGUGUUAAGCUUUCGCACUUCUACACCAGAUUUUGCAUUCCUUUUUUUAUAGCCAUAUGAAAUGCUGAUAUGGUAUUCCACUGACUAUUGUAGAGUCUUGAAGCACUUUUCAAUGUUUGCGAUCCAUUACAUGACUUAGUGAUGGUGUGGACCAAUACAGACUUUCUCAGCUACUUGAUCCAAAGUAAGAAUCCCCGUCUUAAAACGAGAAAUUAUUCUGAUUUGCUUUUUGUCAUUUGUGAUUACUCUUUGUAUAACAUGUUAAUUCAUCUGCCGUGCAAAUGAAGACUGAACACCAUCAGCAGCAAUGAUAAUGUACUCUAUAAUUACAUGUGUUGAGGUGACAGCUUUCUGAAGUUGUUGAAAUAGUUUCUUUGUAGGUCCUUUCCUGGAAAACUUAAGCAGCAUUUUUGUUUGAUUUGUCUGACUGUAAUAUGUUGUGUUGUAAAGUGUGGUGGCUGAUUCUACAGCAAGCCUCACUUGCUGAACCCUAAAGGCACCCAUAUCAAAAUACUUGAGUCAUGCAAAGCUUGCCGUUCAACACCAUCAUAUCUUGUAUGUUCUUACGUAAAGAUGAAGAUAAAUAAAUGUAUGCAAAACAAGUAAA